AUGUCUACUCAACAGGAAGAAUUGAUGAAGAGGCUAGAAGCAUUCAUGGUGCAACAAACUCAGAGUACCCUUGAAUUGAAGGGGGCAGUCGAAGCCUUGCAGGCCAAACAUGCGGCGCUGGAAGAGAGUUUAUCACAAUCCCAAAACAAGGUCAACAAACAAGGGUCUGAAGCAGGCGAGGAAGAAGAAGAGAUGGACCAGCAAUUUGAAGAUAGCAACGAGCUAGGCCGAGGAAGGGGUAAGGGCAUCGUCACCGGCAACGCACCAGGAGGCAAGAUGACGAGUGUCUUCAUGGUGUUAGGUCGAGGCAGGGGGUCGUUUGGAUCAAAUCCCUUGGGAACAGGACGGGGAGUAGGGAAGGGGUCUGAUUCUUGGCGCAAUGUGCAUAAAAGUUGGGAUGAAUUUGAUGAAGGAGGUUACUGUGGCGAUCGGGUACCUGGAAAUCGGGUGCCUAGAUUCGCCAAGAUGGAGUUUCCGGUGUAUGACGACAAGGGUGACCCACUUGAAUGGUUACAAAAGUGUGAGGACUUCUUCGAAGAACAACAAACACCGUCGGAGGCUUGGGUCCGCCAAGCAACUUUCGCCUUACAGAGUCGGGCAAGCGGGUGGUACCGAAACUUGAGAAGGAUGAAAAAUCGUUUGAAUUGGGUCGAGUUUUUGGAUGAAUGCAAAAUCCGUUUCAGUCUGCCUAUGAGCUUGAAUCCCUUAGUGGAGUUAACUCGGCUUCGACAAGUUGGGACAGUAGAAGACUACUGUGAAAGCUACGAAUUGUUGUUGGGUAGGACGACGGGGGUCACACCGGAGCAAAGCAUUUGGCACUUUUGUGUGGGGCUAAUGAACGUGAUAAGAUAUGAGGUUGAAUUUGCGAGACCCAUAACUCUAUAUUAUGCCAUGAAUCUAGCCAGACAAAUUGAGCUAAGGGUGGCAGAAGCAGGAGAACCAAUAGGUGUCAGGCCUACAGGAAACCAAACCUCGAUUGCAAGCCAAAAACGAGAGUCAGCAGGAAAAAGAGGAGCUGGAACCUACAAAGCUGAAACACUAAAUCCGGCCUGGAAAAAACAAACGUCUGUAGAAAUGGCAGAGAGGCGGGAAAAAGGCUUGUGCUUCAACUGUGAUGAAAUAUUCUCUAUUGGGCAUAAAUGUGCCAAGCUCUUUUGCAUCAUGAUGAACAAUGAGGAAGAUGACGCUAAUGGGUGA